AUGUUGUGUCUCUCCUUCUACGCACGCAUUGUUGUUUCUUUUUCUCUGUAUACCAGCCAGGCAGUUCAACCUUUCCAACCAGACAGCCCAACCUUGCCAGCCAAACAGCUCAACCUCGCCAGCCAGACAGCUCUUGCUAAGAGCAGGCAUCUCAACCUUGCAAAGGCGGCCAAGCUUCUUCUUACUGUUGUAGCUUUCUCAAGGAACCGCGCCGCCCGAUCCCGAUUCCCGCCCGCCUUCUUCCCGGCCGCCGGCCCCAACUCCCGCCCCACCUUCUUCCCGCAGCGCGCCUCCCUACCACUUCCUCCCGCAGCGCCCCGCAGUGCACCGCCCUUCCUCCCUAGCGCGCCACCCCGCACCUCCCCCCGCAGCGCGCCACCACCGUCCCCCACCCUCGCGCGCCGCCACCAGCCAACCAUCCCAGCGUGCCGCCACUUGCCCCCACCCUUGCUCGCCGCCACCAGCCCCCACCUCGGCGCGUCGCCACCGACCUCCCACCCCAGCGUACGGCCACCGGGCUAUCCGUCCUGGCUUGGUGUGGACUCCCGCGAGCAUGGCCGCCCACUCCAUCUCGAUCUGCGGCCGCGCUGA